AUGCUGGGCUUCUUGGUGCUUCUGACGUCUUUUGGUGCCGCGAAACUGCUACCUAACGGCAAAUACGAGCUUCAAAGCGAAGGCAUCCGAGCACACUUCAUCCCUUAUGCUGCUUCGAUCACAAAUUUGUUCAUCGAGGACAUACAUGGCGUGGAGAGAGACAUUGUGCUAGGCUUCGACAACGCGACUCACUACAGCAUCAGCAAGCUCCAUCCUCACCUCAACGGCGUUCCUGGAAGAUACGCCAACAGAAUCAAGAAUGCCACUUUCACCAUCGACGGCAAUCCCUAUCACGUCGACGCGAACGACAACAAAGGUCUCGAUACUCUUCACGGCGGCUCAGAUGGCUGGGAUUACCGAAACUGGACCGUCGUCACACACACUACCGACUCCAUCACCUUCUCCCUCAUAGAUCCCGACGGCAAAGAAGGCUUCCCAGGCGAAGUCAUCGCCUACGUAACCUACACCCUCACCCCCAACUCCUGGCACCUCCGCAUGAACGCCCUUUCCACCACAAAGCGCACCCCAAUCAUGCUCUCCUCCCACUCCUACUGGAACCUCGACGGCUACCAGAACCCUCACACCCCUCUCAUCCUCAACCACACCCUCCACAUGCCCUACGCAAACCAACGAAUCGCCAUCGACGGAAUCUCUAUCCCCACGGGCGAAAUUCUUUCGAACGAGAAAUACGACUUGAAUGAUUUCUGGUCUUCCCCAAAAGAAUUGGGAGCAAACCUCACCAACCCUUCCCUUCUCGGCAAUUGCGGAACGAACUGCACUGGCUACGACAAUUGUUACCUCACAUCUCGUCAACGACCUUACGAUUGGAAACUCAACCCCGUCGCGAACCUCUUUUCUCCUUUUUCCGGAAUCCAACUCGACAUCUUCACCGAACAAGAAGCCUUACAAAUCUACACAUGCAACAACAUGAACGGCACCUUCCCCCUAAAAUCCACCCAAGGAUUCUUCAACGACCCCUCUCAUCCUCGCGUCUCAAGCAAAUACGGGUGUGUGGUGAUUGAAGUGCAGGAUUGGAUUGAUGGGAUCAAUCAUCCGGAAUGGGGGAGGGAGGAGAGACAGGUUUUUGGGCCGGGGGAUGGGGGGUAUGAGUUGAGGGCGAGGUAUGAUUUUUCGGUGGAUAGGAGAAGUAGCGGGGUGGGUGGGGGAAGUGGGUGUUAG